AUGUUUCUAGAUGCAACAAACAGUUCAAUCCUGGAUGUCUGUGCCACUUGCCAUAUUUAUGCCACAUGUCACCAAAAAGAAGGCAAAAAUGUCUGCAUUUGUAACUAUGGAUUUGUGGGUAAUGGGAGGACUUAUUGUCAAGAUAAAGACGAAUGCCAGAUUGGAGCCAGCAAGAUCUGUGGAGAGUAUACAUCAUGUCAUAAUACUCAUGGAAGUUUUUUUUGUGUUUGUCUGGAUGGGUACCGUCCCUCUAACAACAACAGGACAUUUAUUCCCAAUGACGGCACAUACUGUACAGAUAUAGAUGAAUGUGAAAUGUCAGGCCUCUGUGGCCAUGCAAGUCAAUGUGUGAACACCUUUGGAAGUUACAAGUGCAACUGCAUAGAAGGUUACAGACCAGAAAAUGGAACAGAAUAUUUUAAUCCAUCUAAGAUUUCAUGCAGACCUGUGGAUUGUGGAGUUCCACCUUCUGUCGAAAAAGCCUAUUCAGCACCUCUGAGUAGGACCACCUAUAGAAGUGAAGUUGUCUAUAUUUGUAUGCAUGGUUAUGUGAUGGAAAAUGGUAAUCAGACAGCAGUUUGCAGUGCCACGGGGCAGUGGGAAGGUGCUGAUUUGGUAUGCAAAGAAAUAGACUGUGGCAGACCUUUUUGGAUUCCACAUACAGAAAUGAUCUGGGACAAAUCCACAUCUCUGGGGAGCAGGGUGUACUAUAGAUGUAUAGAAGGGUAUUACUUUAAUGGAGACAGAAAUUUUUCAGAAUGCACAGUAAGUCAGAAAUGGGAAAAUAUCACAGGUGUAUGCAAAGUGAAGACAGCCAUCAGCAAUGUUUCUGUAUUUAACCAAACCUGUGUCAGGUGGGAAAGGAGCCCUAGAGAAGGUGGUCUGAAGGUGGUAUAUCUGUUUCACAUCCAAGGGCGCAGAUGGCAUCAGAAGGAAAUCUUCCAUGAAAGAUUGUUUAACUUCACUGCAGCUGAAGAGGCUCCAGAGAUGUGUCUAGAUUUACCUGUGGGCACUAACUAUACAGUAAACAUUGCCAUAGUAUUUCCUGAGCCCUCAGUACCAGUUACUGUCAUGAUUCACACAGCUGAAGGGGACAGAUUCAGCAAUGUUUCAGUAUUUAAUGGCACCUGUUUGAAAUGGAGGAGACAUGUUGGAAGAGCUGGGGUGGAGGAAACCUACCUAUUUCACAUACAGGGUCGACAGGAGUACUUGGAGGAAUUGUCCCAUGAAGUGAUGAUUAACUUCACGACAGAGGAAGAGAACCCAGAGGUGUGUUUGCCUCUGCACCUGGGUUGUAACUACACUAUCAGUAUCACUGAGGGAUCUACCAAGUUUGUUUUACAAAUCCCCAUAAUACCUCCAGCAGCUGGAGAGGAAUUGCUCAGCAAUGUGUCAAUAUUUAAUGGGACCUGCGUGAAAUGGCAGAGAAAAGCUUCAAGGGCCGAGGUAGAAGAAACAUACACUUUUCGUGUGUUGGGACAAAAAUGGUUUCAGAAGGAAUUUUCACAUGAAAUGACAUUUGACUUCACUACAGCUGAAGCUAAUCCAGAGGUGUGUUUAGAGCUGAAUUCUGGCACUAACUACAUUGUGAAUAUUACUGCAGCAUCCUCCACAGAGAUCUCUGCCUUAAUUACAAUAGCAGUUCAAGCAGAGGUAAAGGAAGUCUUCAGUGAUAUCCUGAUUUUUAAUGACACCUGCUUGAAAUGGAGGCGAAACAUAAAGAGAACUGAUAUGGAAGAGAGAUAUUUAUUUCACAUACGAGGCCGACGCUGGUAUCAGCAGGAAUUCUUUCAUGAAAUGACAUUUAACCUCACCACGUACAAGCUAACUCCAGAAGUUUGUCUGGAUUUACAGCCUGGCACUAAUUACUCUGUGAAUAUUUCCAUCACAGCUUUGGAUCUUUCUGUGCUAGUUUCAAUGACAACUGAAAUUACUGAUCCCCUCUUCCCAGAAGUAAAACUCGUGACUCUGCAAAGCCCUGCACCAUUGCUCAGACUAUGGAAAGUGGAUGAUAGAAAUGGGCCUAUCAGUUUUUACCAAGUGGUUGUACUUCCUUCAGACUUGCAAAGCCAAUUUGCUUGCAAUUCCCUCACUGCUGCAAUGUUUUUUGGCAAUGCCACCGACACUGCAGGGUAUGUGGCAGCUGAAUUUCUGGCCAAAGAUGUUGCUGACAACAUGUCAAUCACUCUUGGAGACAGGCAUUAUUAUGGGAAGUUUUAUAAUGCUCCUUUAAAACGUGGAAGAGAUUAUUGCAUUGUAUUGAGAAUUAUAAGUGAAUGGAAUAAGGUGAAGACACAAUCCUGUGCAGUUUGGGCACAACUUAAAAAUAUAUCACCCACUCUAGAGCCCUUGAUUGCUGUUGGACUAGGGUCAGUUGCUUCUGUUUGCUUUAUACUGCUCCUGUCCUUCUCAGCAGCACGCUUUUUUCUCUACAGAACAGUACCUGUACCUCCAACUACACUGGCCAUAGGGAUGUCUUCCAAUGAGACUGUACGUUUAUCCAGUACCCAAGAAACAGAAAGGGGUGGGGAUCAUCUCAUCUUUCACAGAGAUUGACAAUACUUCCCUUCUCAAAUGCCUUUUUCCCCCAGCACAGGUGACUUCUAGGGGGGGCAUGGAGGGGGACCGUGCCCUGCCUGAGAUUGGUUGACACUGCCACUGGCUUCUGCGUGCAAUCACUACUUGUCAUCACCCCCUCCCUCCCUCCCUCCCACCGCCACCACUGGUGGCUUGUGCAGGCAGUUGCCACUCACCGUCGGCAGCAUCUGCCGGUGGUUGCCAGUUGCCACUCACAAACACACCCCCUCACCGCCGCCAGCUUUUGUGGGCGGUCACCGCUUGCCACUCCACCACUGACACUGCCGACACUGCUGCCCACAAAUGGUGCCCCUCAGUUUUGGGAGGCACCAGUUGUUCGUGUCUCCCAGUACCCUCUGAAAAUA